CUCUGUCCCCACUCUUGUAUUCCUUUCCCCUUUCUCCAUACCAUCAUCCCUUUUCUACUUGUGUCUUUUGGUCCCUAAUCUCCGUCCCUUCUCAAGUUGUUCCUCGUGCCCUCUCCCCAACUCUCUUGUCCUAUCCCCGGUCCCAAUUAUUUAUCUCUUCCUUUUAGUUCCGAACUCUAGAUCACUUUUCAGACCUCCCUGCAUCGCUCCCCUCCGACUCAAUGCCUCCUCCCCUUUCCAAUUCUCCUCCCUUUCAUUUGCUGCCCUCCCCCAUCUGCCCCCUUUUAAAUCAAUGCCUCCUUCAAGCGGGAGGGUCGAUUCUCGGGAUGGCUCCGAAUUCUCUGACUUUUGCCGUGAUCUUUGUGGCUGCCGUCGCCCUGCUUUUCGCUGAAGCAGAAUACCAAUACCAGGAGGUUCAUGGAGUCCUUCAGAAUGGAAAUCGAUGUGUCUGCAAAAUACAAUUUUCUGCAUGGGAAUUUCCGGUGGAAAGGUUUGGACAGUUACAAGAACUAACGCAGAACUGCACCAAAUCUCUAGAAGAUAGAAAAUUAGAGGCAACUUUUGUUGAGUCCAAGAUUCCAGAGUUCCAGGAAGAGUUACUGAACCUAUCUGCUCAGCUGCAGCAGUAUGAGGCAAUGUACAAACAGCAACUGUAUGAACCACUCAACUUUUGGAGCCUCCGUCGGGACCUGAAACAACUCAAUUCAGAUAUUGCAAAAGUGCAGAAUGUUCCUUCAUCAACCACCAACUUACUUCACAAGAUGUUUACCGAGAUACUUGAUGCCCGUCUCAACUUGAAAGAUCUGCAGCAAUAUGACAAGCACAAUCUACUGUCCAUGAAAGACCAUUUGAAGAAAAUGAAGAACCGCUUGCAGAGUUUCUCCAUCUAUGGCAAUAUACACAUUGGAAACUGUACUAAAGGAAUUUUACGUAACAUAAGUGAACCGAUAACAGCACAACUCAAUCCAUAUGGCACAUCAUACCCUUAUGGAGGCUGGGGUAUGGAUUCAAUGCCAGGAAGCCAGCAACUCUACUGGGUCAUGGCACUGCUGUCUUCCAACAUUUAUGGAAAUUCAAUCCGAACCUACACUACUUACAAAAACUUCCUGACAGCAAAGUCCAACAUUGAUAUUUCAGUGAAAUCAUCAUUCACCACCACCAAUGCAAUUCAGGGUCCAGGAGUGGUGGUUUACAACAACAGUCUAUACUAUAACUGCUAUAAGACUGGACAAAUGUGUAGAUUUGACAUGGCAACAAAACACAUCACAAAUGUUCUCCUUCCUGAUGCUGGUUUUGACAACAAGUUCCCUUACUGUUAUUAUAACUGCUACACUCAUAGUGAUAUGGAUUUCUCAGUGGAUGAAAAUGGUCUUUGGGUAAUUUAUGCUACUGAAGAGAAUUAUGGCAAUAUCGUACUGAGUAAAAUAGACAGUGUUAGUUUGGUUGUUACCCAGACUUGGAAAACUAAGCUCUUUAAGAAAGCAGCAACCAAUGCCUUUAUGGUUUGUGGGGUACUCUAUGCCACCCGUUACGUCAGUGAGACUGAAGAGGAGAUAUUUUAUAUGUAUGACACAAUCAGUAAUCAAGAGGCUCAAAAUCUCAAAAUCCGUUUUGUGAAAUAUUCACCAAAUGUGGCAAAUAUCCACUACAAUCCAGUAGAUAGGAAAAUCUAUAUUUUUAAUGAUGGCUACAUGCUAGCACAUGAGCUCUUGUUUUAUUAAAGGUUGCAAGCUAGCUAUUUAUCAGUUACCACAUUUACCAAAGUGAGGCUUUCAUCAAAUCAAUUACAUUUACUAUAACUACAUUCACUAUGUUUCAAUAACCUAGGGUGCUGAACUUAAAAGUGCAAGAAAUAGUCUAUUACUAAACAUUAGAAGUCUAGAAAAAAAAACAAGCAUUGAUGUUAAAUAAAAACACACUGUUGAGGUUAAAAAUUAAGAAAGAAGUGUGGAAGUCAUAAAUUCACUACCCGUCUGAUAUUUUCACUGAUUAUUAAUAUAAUGAUGGAAAAGCUUUGAUUAGAAACCUUUAGGAAAUUCUAGGAUAAGGAAGAAGCCAACUCCUAGAACAAUUUGCUUACAUUCUGAAAUCUAAUGUUUUCUCCUCAGAUUCUCAUUUAACCACCGUUUCUGUCACUUUUCAGCCGAACAUAUUAAGGGAAUGUGAUGUUGUAAAGCUUGAUGUUUGGCUUCAUUUAUAAGAUAAUUGGCUGCUGAAGUCAGCAAUGCAAAGUAGUGCAUGAUUUUGCAAUUUAUGAAUCAUGACACAUGAAGACAAAUUACUGACAGAACUCAAAUUGCCUUGCUUAAUUGUGUCUAAAUAAGGUCUGUUAAAACUGACCUAAUGAUAUAUAUUAACCAAAUUAUGUCCAACAUGAUGUACUGGAAUGAUCAGCAGAUCAUGGCGUGCAUUGUUCAUCUCUGUGUAACUUUUUUUUAACCUGAAUAAAUUGUUAUAUUUAA